AUGGAGAGAUGUCCCUGGACCUCAUCAUCUAGUAUGAUGGAUGAAGCUUCAACCUCAAGAGACAGGGGCUGGAAGCACUCCAGGAGGAUUUCACAGUCCAAUAGUACUGUUGUGACACUAAACAAUGUACAGAAAAACCUGACUGGUUUCUAUGGAUGUGAAGUUUCAGCUGAUGCCCCAUUAUUCCACACAAUAAUUAAAACAGCUCCAGUAAUAGUUACUGAAGAGCCAGAAGCCCUGCCUGAGGUAAUGGUGGAAAAAACAAAAUACUCUUUGGGUGAUAGAAUUCGUGCAAAUUGCUCAUCCCGAGGAGGAUUUCCCCCUGCCAACCUUACCUGGUACCUCAAUGGUAAACAGAUUAAAAAUUGGCAAAAUAUAGAAACAAAGGAAAAAGCAGGCUUGACAGAAAUUGAAUUAGAGGCUAAAACAACCCUAUUUAGAGAGGGAAAACUGAGACUCAGAUGUUUAGCUACACAGUUUUCACUCUAUAGACGGAGUGCAGAAGUUGAUCUUCAAGAAGAUACUCCUCAGCUUGCUCAUGUCAAAGGUCCUACUACUCCUCUGCCAGUUUUAGAGCAUAACUGUGCAGCGGCUAGGUCUCCAGCAGUUUGGCUUGGUUUAGUCCUCUUGCUCCUCAAAUGGACAAUUCCAAGAUAACUAAUUUUUAUAACUUAAACAAUUGUAAAUACAUAAAUUAUAUAUAAAUACUAGUUAAUGUAAAUAUAGUUUAUACUGAGAUAAUUUAAAAUAUGUAUACGAUGUUAACAUUCAAAAUUUUAAAAAAGAAAAUUAAUAUAGUAUAAUCAGCAAGUUAUUGGUCU